CUUCCCUGCCCGGGCACGUAACAGAGCUGGGAGCCUGGCUGCUAGGGGUUUGUCAUUGCGGGGGCGGCCUGGGAGCGCUGCGGCGCCGCGGCAGGAGAAACAGCCAAGGACGCCCUGGAAGAGCAGGAGCACGUGGGCCUGCGAGAAUGGCGCCAACACCAGCCCUGCAAAACCACAUCCCAGAGCGGGGCCGAGGACAGCCACCAUUGCCCCGCAGGCCUCAAGAAAGACGGUCAAGUCAGCCAAGACCGCCUACCUAGCCAAGAGCCUCCCAAAGCGCAGGCGCACCUACCCGGGGGCGCGGCUGGGCGGAGUCAAGAGCCGGAAGAGCCUUGCGCCGCGGUCCUUUCCCGGAAACCCGCGGGCCGGAAGUGUCCGGAAUUCCAGCGCAGAGCCCCGGGUUGCUGGGCAACCGAUGCGGCCGCUGCAGCUGCUGUCUGUGGUGCUGGGAGCGAGCCCAGUGUAGCUCCCACCUCCUACGCUGGUAACCUCCGGUCCCGCCCGCCUCCCUUGUUGUCGCUUCUCUUCGCGUCGCGGAAUCCUUGCCCUUGGCACUACUUACAUCUCUCCGGGUCCCACGACACCUUAGCACCCACCUGCUUCAAAGCCAAGUUCCACCGAAAGGGAGGCAGUCUGCCCCCGGACAUGACUUCGGCGCUGACUGAUGGCACCUCUCGGGCCCCGAGCACCUACACCUACACCAGCCGGCCCCGAGCACUGCCCUGCCAGCGCAGCCGUUACCGGGACAGCCUGACGCAGCCUGAUGAAGAACCUAUGCGUUAUGGAAACAUAAUGUAUGACAGAAGGGUAAUUCGAGGCAACACUUAUGCACUCCAGACAGGGCCACUGCUCGGACAGCCUGAUUCUCUAGAGCUUCAGAGACAACGGGAGGCUAAGAAGAGGGCUCUUGCCAGAAAACAAGCCCAAGAGCAGCUCAGACAACAAACACCUGAACCUGUGGAAGGCAGAAAGCAUGUUGAUGUGCAAACAGAAUUAUACCUUGAAGAAAUUGCUGAUCGCAUAAUAGAAGUUGAUAUGGAAUGCCAAACAGAUGCAUUUUUGGACAGACCACCAACACCACUCUUUAUUCCUGCCAAAACUGGCAAAGAUGUGGCCACCCAAAUACUAGAAGGAGAGCUCUUUGACUUUGAUCUUGAAGUUAAACCAGUGUUAGAAGUUUUGGUGGGGAAGAUAAUUGAGCAGUCUCUUCUGGAAGUAAUGGAAGAAGAAGAGCUGGCUAACCUGCGGGCCAGUCAGCGUGAGUAUGAAGAACUACGGAAUAGUGAACGUGCUGAAGUUCAACGACUUGAAGAGCAAGAGAGGCGACACCGAGAAGAAAAAGAACGGCGUAAGAAACAGCAGUGGGAAAUAGUGCACAAGCACAAUGAGACAUCACAAAAAAUCGCCGCCCGAGCAUUUGCACAGCGUUACCUGGCUGACCUUCUCCCGUCUGUUUUUGGCAGCCUCAGGGAUAGUGGCUACUUUUAUGAUCCCAUUGAAAGAGAUAUUGAGAUAGGAUUUCUUCCAUGGCUAAUGAAUGAAGUUGAAAAAACCAUGGAAUAUAGCAUGGUGGGAAGAACAGUGCUUGACAUGUUGAUCCGUGAAGUGGUUGAAAAGAGACUGUAUAUGUAUGAGCAUAAGGAAGACACACAUCAGUCUCCAGAACCAGAGGAUGAGCCUGGUGGUCCUGGAGCAGUGACAGAGUCACUGGAGGCCUCUGAAUUCCCGGAGCAGAGCAUGUCACAGACACAGGGGCUGCUUUUAGAUGGAGACUACCUACAAAGAACAACAUAUGACAGAAGGUCAUCCCAGGAAAGGAAGUUUAUGGAAGAGACAGAGCUGCUAGAGCAGGAUGAAGAAACAGCAAUGAGGAAGUCCUUAGAGGAGGAAGAAUUGUCAUAGGAGGGGAGCUUCGAAGUCAUGAAACCAAUCAACAGCCAAAUCAGCAAGCAAUCAGGUAAUGAUGUGCGAGUCCCCUCAGGUUAUAGAAAUUAUGUUGUAUUUAGUCAAUAUGUCUUUUUGUCUAAUGGACUGGGCCAAUCAAAUGUGAUAAAAUAAAACUAAUUUGAAAAUGAAACUAAUUGAAUUCAUUUAUUUAAUAGAAUAUUCAAAGGCUAUAUUGUAAUUCUAAUGAGAAUUAUAUUUAAUUACUAGCUUUCUAUUACCAUUAUAUGUAACCAGCAAAUAUAUUUUUCCUUAGUCCUUCUAAUUUUACAGGUUAGUUUUUUUUAGUACGUAUGAUAUUUAAUGUUCAAUAUCAGUGCUGUCAGCCAUUUAGCUUUUCUUCUCUAUAGGAAAACUAUUUCACCUACUAUAAGAGAGAAUGCCUAGCCAGGCGUGGUGACUCACACCUGUAAUCCCAGCACUUUGGGAGGCUGAGGCAGGCAGAUCACCUGAGGUCAGGAGUUUGAGACCGGCCUGACCAACAAGGAGAAACCCCAUCUCUGCUAAAAAUAAAAAAUUAGCCGGGUGUGGUAGCGCGUGCCCGUAAUCCCAGCUACUCGGGAGGCUGAGGCAGGAGAAUCACUUGAACCUGGGGUGGAGGUUAUGGUGAGCUGAGUUUGCACCAUUGCACUCCAGCUUGGGCAACAAGAGCGAAACUCUGUCUCAAAAAAAAAAAGAGAGGAUGCCUAAACGUUGUGCUACUGAAAGCUGCAGUGCUCCCUUCCUGCAAGGACCAGCUUCAAUAUUCAAGUAAGGCUUAAGGAAUUCAGUGGAUUAGUAAUAUGCUCUCAUCUAUUUUUUCAUAUUCCUGCUAUUAAAAAAUUUCAGGCAAUGCCAAUAAAGCAAAAAUCUCUAUUUGCCCUUACACAGUCUCACUCCCCUCCUCGAAGGCAGAUCACUGUUACCAGUUAGGUAUGAACCAUCUAGGCCUUUUGUGAGAUACUCCUAUACAAAUGUAUUUGAAAAUCUAGAAAUAUAUAGCUUGAUUUUCUUUAUAUAAAUAUAAACAUUAUUUGCGUAUUUUAUUUUUCACUUAAGAGAAUGUCUUAGAUCUUUCAAGGUUAGUAGGCAUCCAUCUCUUAUCUUUUUAAAAUAUGGUUAAGGUAUUACAUAUUAUGACUGUGCUGUAGCAUAGGGAAUUAACAUUUGACUUUUUAAUCUGAAUGUGUUAGAGAAUUUACCUGCAGUAUUAAAAUCACAGAUUAUUUUCUCUCCAAAGCCUUGCUAACAGUAAGCAGUAACUGAAGUCUUUGGAGCCUUUAGAUAGAUAGAGCCUAUUUUUCUUUUUACUUAUUUUUUUUUUUUUUUUUUUUGAGACAAGAUCUCACUCUGACACCCAGGCUGCUGUGCAGCAGCACCAUCACAGCUCACUGCAGCCUUGACCCCCAGGCUCAGGUGAUCUUCUCACUUCAGCCUUCCAGGUAGCUGGGACUACAGGCGUGCACCACCACUUCUGGCUGGUUAUUGUAUUUUUUGUAGAGAUGGGGUCUUGCUGUGUUGCCCAGGCUGGUCUCCAACUCCUGGGCUCAAGUGAUCUGCCCGCCUUGGGUUCCCAAAGUGCUAGGAUUACAGGCAUGAGCCACUGCACCUGGCUGAGUCUGUUUUUCUCAGAAUACUUAUAAAUAUAUAAAAGUAGUGACUUAACAUAACUUAUAAUUAUUAACCCAUUUACCUUAAUUUCUUUUAAGUUAGGUACCAAGAAUGUAUCCACAUUUAAAAACUUUUAAAAAGAAUGCACCCAUUUUCCCAUAUGGUAUUUCACUAUAACAUUUAAGCCUCAUGGCAACUUUCUGAAGCAUGCAUGACAAUAUUUGUAUUUUUUAGUUUCUAAUCCUUAAUUCGAUCAGCCAGCAAACAUUAGCUGAGUGCCUGCUCUGCCUUGGGAAUGAGGCUGCAGAUACAGCAGUGAACAGUCAUGAAUACUACAUGUUUUUUACAGCCUAGUAGUGGAGCUAAAUGAAGUAAAUGAUGUAAAUAAAGAAACCAAAGCUCAGGGAUUUUAAGUGAUUUGCAAUAGAUAACAAGCCUAGUAGGGAGUGGGACUAAAGCUGGAACCCAAAUCUCCUUACUUCUAAUCUAGUAUACUUUCUUCUAAUAACUUGCUGUCUUUGUGAGGUAUAAAGAAUAAUUUAAAAUAAAUUAUUGCAUUAAAAGCAUUUAAAACAUUAAAAUCACACCUGUCAUCCAUCACUGGGCUAGUUCCAUCUUGUUAAACAGUCUUUAUGAUCACCCAAAAAUUUAUAAGGUAUUAAUUUUGACAAGAAGACCAAAAAUUUUUAAUUAGGGCUAUUGCUGAUUAUUAUUGUUAUUACCAAUUUUAAAAUAUCUGUAACUAGUUUUUAGAAACCUUAAAAUUGGGCCCGGCACGGUGGCUUACGCCUGUAAUCUCAGCACUUUGGGAGGCUGAGGUGGGCGGAUCACAAGGUCAGGAGUCAAGACCAUCGUGGCCAACAUGGUGAAACCCUGUCUCUACUAAAAAUACAAAAGUUAGCCAGGCAUGGUGGCAGGCGUCUGUAGUCCCAGCUCCUUGGGAGGCUGAGGCAGGAGAAUCACUUGAACCCGGUAGGUGGAGGUUGCAGUUAGUCGAGAUCACGUCACUGCACUCCAUCCUGGGAGACAGAGCAAGACUCCUUCUCAAAAAACAACAAACAAACAAACCUUAAAAUUGAUUUGAGGUUGAUUAUCUUUCAUAAUCCUCUAAUUCUCCUUUAGAAUGAAUUUGCAGAUGCCAGACCUAUGCUCUAUAAAUCCAUAAAUUAAUUCAAUGUAUUAAAAGAAGUCGAUAUCUAUAAACCCCACACUUAAUGGGUUAAGCUUAAUUGCAAUCCUCGUCCAUCCUAGAGAGAAACCAAAAUAAUUGAGAGGUUAGGGCAUUGUUGCUGUGAGAUAGCUUAGAGAUAACACAUUAUAUGUUAUCUGGAGAAAAGAAUGUUAAAUGGAAACAAAGUUUAUGAAGAAUUUCUUCAAGUACCUGAAGGAUUUUAUGGGAAAUUACAAGAUAGCAUACUUAGGUUCCAUAUGUCUAGAUGACUUUUCAUACUAAGCAACUUUUGCAAAUGGUUUGGGAACAUAAAACUGUUCCAGGAUGGAAGGAAAUGGGUACCACUAACAUUUGGAUGGUUAUGGGACCAUCAUAACAUAUGCAAAAUGCUGGUUCUCCAACUAUGACCCUCAGUAUGACUUUUAAAGGAAUUAUAAGCUCCAAAUACUUUUUGGAGUAUAAAAAGUACUUGACUUUUUCACACAUUUGCUAAUACCCUUCUCAUAAGUUUUAUUUCUUUCUGAUGUUUUGGCUAACACUGAGCUAACAGAAGCUAAAUAAUAAUAAAAUGAAGGACAGAUAGUAAAUGUAUUGAAAUUGUCGUUCCUGGCUGGGUGCAGUGGCUUACGCCUGUAAUCCGAGCACUUUGGGAGGCCGAGGCGGGCGGAUCAUGAGGUCAGGAGAUCAAGACCAUCCUGGCCAACAUGGUGAAACCCCGUCUCUACUAGAAAUACAAAAAUUAGCUGGGUGUGGUGACACAUGCCUAUAAUCCCAGCUACUCGGGAGGCUGAGGCAUGAGAAUCACUUGAACCCAGGAGGCGGGGGUUGCAGUGAGCCAAGAUUGUGCCCCUGCACUCCAGCCUGGCGACAGAGCAAGACUUAGUCUCAAAAAAAAAAAAAAAAGAAAGGAAAAAAGAAUAAAAAAGAAUUGUCAUUCCUGACAUAAAUUCCCAUAUCACUAAAAUAGAUCAGAGAGGUAGAAUGUAAUCUUCUCUAGCACAGACAUCGUUGCAUUUAGGCCAUCUGAGGGCUAUGAACAUGGCCUGCAAAGUAACUCUGAGCAACACAAGGUGGAGUUUGAAAGCAGAUUCAAAGCCAGACCACUGGGCUUGAGUUAUGGUAGAUGCUUAGUCAAUAACAUUGUUGAACAGUUCUCAUUAUUAGAAAUGUCUUUCAUACUGAUUCAAAACCUGCAACUGAAAGAUAUGAGUUAAAAGAUAAACUAAUAGCAUUGUAGGCUUGCUUAUAAUCAAGUGUUAAAGAGUUUGAAAUUUUAGGAUAAAAAUAUUUCAGAUAUAAGAUGCCAUUUAAGCAAUUUUAACUUCUUUUUGGAAAGAGAGUUCAAAAUGAAUGAAUUUUUAUCACUAUAUUCAUUUAUGAUUUUUAUAAAUAUGAACAUUUUUGUGAUAAUUGUAUGUUGUCUUUUAACAUUUUGGAUUAUAACCACUAGGUGUCAGUAAAACCCUAAGGUAAGGUUGACUUGCUGCCAACCUCAUACAUAAUUUCGUGACCGUAAAAGACUUUGGUGAGCACAGUUAGAAAAUAUAUUGUAUUCCUUGGAAUCUUCUAGACUCUCAAUGAAUAUUUUAUCUCACCCUAAAGUUAUCUGUCAGCUCUGUAGGGGUGCCAGACUCUUAAAAUUGUUCAUUUUAGAGUGGACUUUAGUUGUCACAUACUUCAGUAUCUAAUUCAGGAUCCUUAACAGAUGGUCAGUUAGUCUUUGUUUCAUCACUUUAAGGAUGAGGUUUUCACUUUAUGAGCUGCUCUAGAUAGCAAUUCUGUCUUAUUUGGUUUUGUCUCCACAGGCCUGGUCUAUGGUAGAUGCUUAGUCAAUAACAUUAUUGGACAGUUCUCAUUAUUAGAAAUUUCUUUCAUACUGAUUCAAAACCUGUCCUGUUAUAACCUUUGCUUAUUGGUCAUAAUCAUGAGAGCAUGAUUAUGGUAGAGGCAGAAAAAAUAAUUUUAUUGCCGUAUCAGCCCUAUCAUGUACCCCAAUAAAUGUUUCUUUAUCCCCCCCACCAAGUUUUUUUUCUCCCAAUGAGAUUCACCACUCUUCCCAAUUAUUCCUCAUGUGGCACAGUUUCAGAACUUGCCCACUCACCAGCCUGGUCACUGUUAACUUGAAAUGGCUAUUUGGUCAAAGUUUCUCUUAAAACAUGUUUCCCAGAAUUAGGUAGACAACUCUAGGUGUACUCUGACUUGGCAAUCACCCAUCACCAAAUCACUUUCUCUAAACUCAAAUGCCUAAAAAUUGUAUCUUCCAGGACAUCGGUGAGAAAAAGCCAAAAUGAGUUUUGAGCAGCUACAAUGUCAUGAAGUCAACAUACUUUGCAGUGGACCCUGCAAGCCUAUCCUAACAUGUUGCUAAUCAACUAGGCUAUUUCAUUAUUGACCCUACAGCAUUGUAGAAGUAACAUUAACCAGGGAAGUGGGACUGCUGUGGGAAAACUCAUAGCACUAACCUAAGAGAAAUGGCAGGAAAAAAUAGGUAACUCAAAAAGUAUAGCAGUCAGGAGCAAAAAUUGAGUAUUCUUCAGCAUGUCCUGACUAUACCUUUAUAUUAAAGUACAAUACAGAAAUUAAUGUGUAUGGACAAAACACCUCUAGAAUGGUGGAAUAAGGAUCUCUGAAAAUCUGUUCCUCCAUAAAAGCAAUAUGAAUGCAGGCCAGAAUUGCCAAAAUCAGUAUUUUCAGGACUCUAGAAAUUAACCAAAGGCUUGCAACAAUAAGAAACAUUUAUUAAAGAAAAAUGAUUGAAUCUUAGUAAGAACAGUAAACUUCAUGGCAUUUUAACUUGACCUGUUUCCAUCCCACUCUUCCCAGCUCCACCGUAGCCUUGAAAGCCAGUAACCAAGAAACAGAAGCUUAGGAGCUAUUGAAAGGAGCAUAAAGGCUUGGUGCCUCCCCACCCCCACAAUAAAACCUCAUUUCCAGACAGUUGUCACUACUUGGCAUCUGUGGCAGCUCUCUGGAAAAGCCCAUUUACAAGACAUGUCUUUAUUUAACCUGACUCAGAGCUUUCUCAGUGACAAAAGUCCUGACAUCAAGGCAUUAAGAACAAAAAGCAGCAGCAAUUGUUUAACAUCACAGCGCCUGAGGUAGAGCAAAUAAGAGACUGGCAGAAAAAAAAAA